UUAAGAUUAGAUUCUUAUCAGAAUACACGUGCGAUAACGCUUUCUAUGCUUUCGGCGUUCAACUUGUUUAAUAAUUUAAAAAUAAACAUUCUUCGCAAUAUGAGCACCCUGGAUAAAGCCAAACAAAUCGCAGCUUACAAAGCCGUCGAUGAAUAUGAAAACAACUCAGUAAUAGGCAUUGGCAGUGGAUCUACAGUCGUUUUCGCAGUAGAAAGGUUAGCAGAAAAAGUAAAAACAGACAACUUGCAAAUUGUCUGCGUUCCUACUUUUCAAUCGAGACAACUCAUCAUCAAGCACAAUCUAACACUUGGUGACUUAGAAAUCUACCCAAAAUUAGACUGUGUCAUCGAUGGUGCUGAUGAGGUAGAUGCUAAACUCACCUUAAUCAAAGGCGGAGGAGGUUGUUUGCUACAAGAAAAAAUAGUCGCAUCAUGUGCACAAAAAAUGGUUGUCAUAGCUGACUACACAAAAAAUUCCUCCAAACUCGGUGACCAGUACAAAAAAGGAAUACCGAUUGAAGUAGUUCCUAUGGCUUAUCGACCGAUCAAAGAUAAAAUUGAACAAACCUUUGGAGGCACUGUUGUCCUACGAACUGCUGUUGCCAAAGCCGGUCCUUGUGUUACUGAUAAUGGAAAUUUCAUAUUAGAUUGGAAAUUUGUUAAUCAAGAUGUAGAUUGGAGUGAAAUCGAUACUAAAAUUCAUUUAAUUCCUGGCGUUGUUGAGACCGGGUUGUUUGUAAAUAUGGCAGAAAAAGCUUAUUUUGGAAUGGCUAAUGGAGAUGUUAAAGAACAAUGUUGAAUCAAUAUUUGUUAUAAUGUAGUUGCUAUAGAUUUAUAUUUUUAUACAAGUAUUUUUAA